ACCUAAAUCAAGUCAUCUAAUUUUCCCCCUUGAAUUACUGAUUUCCAGAUGGAUUCACAGUGUUCUUUGUUGGUGUUAUUCCACUUGAAAUUUCAUAAGAGACUUGACCCAAGUAGAUCAGAGGCCCACUUAAAGGUGGUUUUCUAAAAGAAGUAAAAGCAUAGGCUUGAGCAAUUUCUUCAAAUCAUUUUAUCAAUCAAGACUGAUGAUCUAUAUAAUCCAAGCAGGAAAGCACUGCAGCCAUACCUUCUUCCCCAUCUCAUGAAAGAUUUACCUGAACUGUUUGAAUAAAAACCAUAGUGAACACAUCUUUGUCCAGAAUCUGGACUCCAGAUAGAGGCGUAAAGGUUGCACCCCCUUCCAAAUAACUUUUUCCCCAAAAAACUUUAAACUUUUAAUUUUGUAUUGGGGUGUAGCCUGUUAACAGUGUUUGGUAGGUUCAGGUGAACGCUAAGGGACUCAUCCACACAUAAACUUAAAGCAGAGCACUUCACCACUUUCUACUUCACACUGCAGUGUUCCUUUGAAAUCCUCCUCUGAAAAUUCUUUUCUACUGACAUUAUCAUCGGCUUCCUUGGGAUUCUCCUUCUAAAGUUAAUUCUUUAGAUAAUUCAGAUUUUAAUGAAUGUUGUGGAGUCCUUAAAAUCUGACUUGAUUAUACUUGGAUGUUUGUUCUUUUCUCUGGGAAGAAUCUGCUAAUGUUAAGAUACUCCUCAUAUAGAAAUUAUUAAAGCAUUUGGUAGUUAGAUGCCAAGUGGUACAACCCAAUAUUUAAUAAUAAAAUAUUCUAUGUAGAUUUUCAUAUUAAUUAAAGGAAUAGAAUAUGUGUAUCAAUCGAUAAUACAUUUGGGUUCAAAUUCUGUAUCAGUAUUUUUCUGCAUACUUGCUGAUAUUGAUGUUCACCAGUGCUGAUCAGAAGGUUUCCCAUUGCCAGGUUAAACUCAAGAUUAAAAUUAAAUAUAAUAAAAAUCAAUAAUAAUUGUAGUUGAAACAUAUGGCUUAAUACAUAUAUUAAGAAAUAAGGGAAUUUUUAAAAAUCUUUAAUGGGCAGGUUGAUAUCACUGAUAAAUUCAUUCCAUAGCAUUCUCUAAAUUCUGAACUGGGAAGUCAUGGAAGCACUUUUGAAAGCAUUUUCAGGGUCCCGGGAUUCUUGAGCUGUGCCCAGCUGACGAGCUUUUGAAGAUGGCACAAUAACUGUCCAGUGAUGCCUGACCAUGACAGCACAGCCCUCUUAAGCCGGCAAACCAAGAGGAGAAGAGUUGACAUUGGAGUGAAAAGGACGGUAGGGACAGCAUCUGCAUUUUUCGCUAAGGCAAGAGCCACGUUUUUUAGUGCCAUGAAUCCCCAAGGUUCUGAGCAGGAUGUUGAGUAUUCAGUGGUGCAGCAUGCAGAUGGGGAGAAGUCAAACGUACUCCGCAAGCUGCUGAAGAGGGCGAACUCGUAUGAAGAUGCCAUGAUGCCUUUUCCAGGAGCAACUAUAAUUUCCCAGCUGUUGAAAAAUAACAUGAACAAAAAUGGUGGCACGGAGCCCAGUUUCCAAGCCAGCGGUCUCUCUAGUACAGGCUCCGAAGUACAUCAGGAGGAUAUAUGCAGCAACUCUUCAAGAGACAGCCCCCCAGAGUGUCUUUCCCCUUUUGGCAGGCCUACUAUGAGCCAGUUUGAUGUGGAUCGCUUAUGUGACGAGCACCUGAGAGCAAAGCGCGCCCGGGUUGAGAAUAUAAUCCGGGGUAUGAGCCAUUCCCCCAGUGUGGCAUUACGGGGCAAUGAAAAUGAAAGAGAGAUGGCCCCGCAGUCUGUGAGUCCCCGAGAAAGUUACCGAGAAAACAAACGCAAGCAGAAGCUGCCCCAGCAGCAGCAGCAGAGUUUCCAGCAGCUGGUUUCAGCCCGCAAAGAACAGAAGCGAGAGGAGCGCCGACAGCUGAAGCAGCAGCUGGAGGACAUGCAGAAACAGCUGCGCCAGCUGCAGGAAAAGUUCUACCAAAUCUAUGACAGCACCGAUUCUGAAAAUGAUGAAGAUGGUAACCUGUCUGAAGACAGCAUGCGCUCCGAGAUCCUGGAGGCCAGGGCCCAGGACUCGGUGGGGAGGUCAGACAAUGAGAUGUGCGAGCUGGACCCAGGGCAGUUCAUCGACCGAGCCCGGGCCCUGAUCCGGGAGCAGGAAAUGGCCGAAAACAAGCCCAAGCGAGAAGGCAGCCACAAAGAACGAGACCCCGGGCCCAACUCCCUGCAGCCUGAAGGCAAACACUUGGCCGAGACCUUGAAACAGGAACUGAACACUGCCAUGUCGCAGGUGGUGGACACGGUGGUCAAAGUCUUCUCGGCCAAACCCUCCCGCCAAGUUCCUCAGGUCUUCCCACCGCUGCAGAUCCCCCAGGCCAGGUUUGCAGUCAACGGGGAGAACCACAACUUCCACACCGCCAACCAGCGCCUGCAGUGCUUUGGCGACGUCAUCAUUCCGAAUCCCCUGGACACCUUUGGCAACGUGCAGAUGCCGGGUUCCACAGACCAGACGGAAGCCCUGCCCCUGGUGGUCCGCAAAAACUCCUCGGACCAGUCUGCCUCCGGCCCCCCCGCCGGCGGCCACCACCAGCCCCUGCACCAGUCGCCCCUGUCGGCCACCGCGGGCUUCACCACGUCCACCUUCCGCCACCCCUUCCCCCUCCCCUUGAUGGCCUACCCGUUUCAGAGUCCAAUAGGUGCUCCCACCGGCUCCUUCUCGGGGAAAGACCGAGCCUCUCCUGAAUCCUUAGACUUAACUAGGGAGACCACGAGUCUGAGGACCAAGAUGUCGUCCCAUCACCUGAGCCACCACCCCUGUUCACCAGCACACCCACCCAGCACCGCGGAAGGGCUCUCCUUGUCUCUCAUCAAAUCCGAGUGUGGCGAUCUUCAAGACAUGUCUGAGAUCUCACCGUAUUCGGGAAGUGCAAUGCAGGAAGGAUUGUCACCCAAUCACUUGAAAAAAGCAAAGCUCAUGUUCUUUUAUACCCGUUAUCCCAGCUCCAACAUGCUGAAGACCUACUUCUCUGAUGUAAAGUUCAACAGGUGCAUCACCUCUCAGCUCAUCAAGUGGUUUAGCAAUUUCCGUGAGUUUUACUACAUUCAGAUGGAGAAGUACGCGCGUCAAGCCAUCAACGAUGGGGUCACCAGUACUGAAGAGCUGUCUAUAACCAGAGACUGUGAGCUGUACAGAGCUCUGAACAUGCACUACAAUAAGGCAAACGACUUUGAGCAGGUUCCAGAGAGAUUCCUGGAAGUUGCGCAGAUCACAUUACGGGAGUUUUUCAAUGCCAUUAUCGCAGGCAAAGAUGUUGAUCCUUCCUGGAAGAAGGCCAUAUACAAGGUCAUCUGCAAGCUGGAUAGUGAAGUCCCUGAGAUUUUCAAAUCCCCAAACUGCCUACAAGAGCUGCUUCAUGAGUAGAAAUUUCAACAACUCUUUUCGAAUGUAUGAAUAGUAGCAGUCCCCUUUGGAUGUCCACGUUAUCCGUGUCUAGAUUUUGAUUUCGUAUAUGUGUGUAUGGGAGGCAUGGAUAUGUUAUGAAAUCAGCUGGUAAUUCCUCCUCCAUCAUCUUUCUCUCAUCUUCUUCUGUUUUCAAUUGCAACGGGGAUGGUUCUUUUCCUGCCGCCUUUAGUUUACUUUUGCCCAAGGCCCUUAACAUUUGGAGACUUAAAAUAGGCUUAAUUAUCAGGGAAAAAAAGAAUGUUGACGUGUGUAAAGUCUAUAUUAGCAAGGACGGGCAUUUGUUUAAAAUGCGUCUGCUGGCUUCAUGGUUUGUUGCAAAUGGCGGUUGGCGGAGGGAGACCCGUGACACAGCCCGACUCCGCAGUCAGUGAUGUGUCUCUUGUGUUUACUGCUGAGAAGGUCAGAAAACUGGAUGAAACCACUUGAUAAACUUAAAUAUUUUGCUUGGUUUGAACUCAGUAAGUAGCUUUUUAUCACACGUUUGAAAAUAAUGCCGGUGGCAGAUCAAGAGCUCACUUUUCAAAAGUACCCCAAAAGGCCACAUUGUAAAAAGAAAACAUCAUCACUAACUGUCAAGUCUCUCCUCAGAGAAAUGGCAAACACCCCAAACUAGUUUCUUUUGGAGGCAGAGCAAUUUUAUACAAAACUGACUAGUCAAGGUGAGACUGGAGAUUCAUGUGGUUUCUAGUCUCCUCUCGGAAUUUUGCAAUAGGUUCUUCUUGGUAGUAGUGAGUACCUAUCGUUCUUCAUACAGGAAAACCCCUAUAAUGUGUUGUUAUUUUCUGUGUAUCUUGCUUAAGACAUAAAAAGGCACAUAAGUUUCCAAUUUAUUCUUUGCAAAACUUUGUUUAUAUGCUUUAGAAGAAUUAUCAUGUCUGUGUAAUAUUUAACAAAUUUUUUUUUUUUCAAAAAACACUAUUUUCUGAAUUCCUUUCUAUGGUAAGGAAUAAAGGACAUCCUAACUUGACCAUAAAAUUCCUGCCUAUACUAGAAGUUUGUUGACAGCUGCUAGCUGACUGGAUCUUCCCCUCCUGAGAGGAGUACAUUUGAGAAUGACCUAUUUUCCUAUACAUUUCCACACUACCUACCCUGAUGGAUAUUCAAAGCGGUGACAGUCUAAUUUAAAGUGUUUUCAUUUUAGGUACAGUGUUUUAAAGCAAUUGAUAAAGUCUCUUCUAACUCAGAAGCUAGUAAUUGACCAAAACAUGAGAAGAGUGUAUAGAAUAGGAGCAUUUGGGAGUUAACCCAAAAGACACAAUUUCAGCACACAUGAGAAAGCUAGCUGCUAUUUCAUGCUUUCUUCAAUGGUUCUCCUCUUUUUUUUCUUUCUCUUGUCUUUUUCCAGUUUUUCAAAGGUGUACAACGUUUCCAUACUUGCUUUUAAAAAGCUGUAUGGCAUUCACACUUGUUUUCUUGGAUGGGUUUUGUGUGCAGAGGCAGUAAGAAUUCCUUUUUUAUUCUAAUAGUGUUUUCCAGAACCCUCCCUCCCUUCAGUAAUUUGAUCUACAUCUUCUAAAAUGACACAGUAAAAAGAAAAAAAAAAAAAGAAAAUCCUGGUAUGUAGAUUAUGUACAACAUAAAUACCGUUUUUCCUUGAUUUUUAUAAAAAUGACAUUUGACUUUGGAGACUGUCGGUUGACCCAUGAGACUAGCUGACCCAAUCGCUGUAAUUUAACAUCAUUUAUAAAUUCUGCUGAUGGACAGGAAUGUAUGAAGGCAAUUAUUGUCAGCACAAAGCUUUAAAACCUGCUGACUUUAAAUUAAACGGUGUGGUCCUGUGAUGCCUGCGUCAUUCAGGAGACAGCCUCUCACGGUGUGGACGGAGUGCAGCAGCCUAGGCCUGGGACGCCCCAGCCUCCCUGCACAACCGAACCCAUCCCCCAGCUCGCAGGCUCCUACACAGCGCACACAGGCCCAUCUGAGCCAAUGUGUUCUUGUUCUGGCUUGUUUAGGGGAAAAAAAAAUGUUCAGAUAAUCAUCACAUUGGAAUAUAAUGCAAAAAAAAAAAAAAAAAAAUCCAAUCAGCACAAAGUAGAGAAGCAAUCUCAACUUGUGGUCACACUCUUUUGCCUUGCUUCACGCCCAAAGGUAUGACAUUCGUUGUUCACAUCAGUAUACAACUGGCUCUUUUUGCUGUUCCAUGGAAUUCACAUCACCAUUGUGUUGCCAUUUGCAAGGCAAAAGGCAAAACCAUAAUAUAUUCACCUAUCGAGACAGAUUGCUAGUAUCUUCCUGAUCUGGGGCAAAUUUAGUAUUGAUUCCAGACAUAUUUAGAUUUUUAGUAUUAUUCUCCCCUGCCUUUCUAAUUUAAAUAGACAAAUUAAGCAAAAGUGUGUAUUCACAACCAAAUGUUGAUGUGCUUAUCCACAGUAAUAUCCUCUCAAUGUUCACUGAGGCAUAGAAAUUGUUUCAGAGUAGAAAUUGCAGCGUGAGUAGAAACUCACCUCAUUGUCCUGGAAACAGAACUUGAUCAUUUUGCUUUUAGGUGAUUCUUUUUCUUUCCCCACCAUAAAAUCUUGUGCCUCCCAGUGCAUUGGAAAAUGACAAAAGCCUGUCUCUCAAAACGCCUAUUUAACAGGUUUUUUAAAAUCACCAUCUUUCCAAUCUUCGUUCAACUCUCACCACGUAAAAAUUGGCGACUUGGGAGAAAGUUCGCUUUCUCUGGUGGGAGGGUGAAGGACUAGGGACAGUUUACAAAGGGAAACAAAGUCUAAAGUCCAUGUUGAAAUACCACAUUUCCACUUAUUUUCUGCUAACCCCAAAUUAUUUUUGCAUCUACACUUGAGGUUAUAGUCUGUGCCUAGACCUAAAUGCACCAGCGGGGGGAUUUUUAAAAAUCCUUCAAAAUCCCACUUUUUUCCCACAAGUACAAUUGUUCUUGUGCCUUCUGUGGCUUUCGAUUUCAUCUUUUUGACUUUAUUUCCAAUUACUACAGCUGCAAUAAACACUAGAUUUUUUUUCUGGCUGUUUGACAUAACGUUGAUAGCUAUGCAUAUUUUGUGUCUUUUUAAAAACAAAGCGGGAGAAUACGUUUUUGAGAAGAGAAUUUUUAGAACAGUUUGAUACCGCAAAUUAUUUUUUCCUCAAUUGUUUGAGCAGCAUUCGAGUUUUGAAAAUUCUUGUAGAAGCCAAUUUUUUGUAACUGUGGUGCAAAUCUUGUGUUUUCUUAGCCUAACGAAAAGUAGUAUAGAAGCAAUAUUUCAUACCAUGUGCUAUAUAUGUGUGUGCAGAUGUGUGAACAUAAACACAUACACACAUAUACACACAUGUAAAAAUAGACAUAUAUAUAUGCGUGUGAAGUGGAAAGCUUACCUUUUCCUACCUAGAUUUAAGGACCUAUUUUAGGCUUGUUAUGUUUUGUCAAAAGAAUGUUCUAUUUGCAACAACAAAACAUUUAAUUCUUACUGUAUCUCUGGCUGUUUAAUGAGGACAUUUCACUUUAACUGGUAAAACAACGUGGAAGAUGGUAGAAUGUAGUCAUUAUUUAAGGAAAUGUUCACCCACAUAUUCCCGAAGUUUGCGUUGUGCCUCCAAGUAUUAUUCCAUUAAAGUGUUUUAUGUUUGCCGACUCUUUGUUGCUGUGCUAGGGAUGUGGGUGAAUAUCAUUUUUAAAAAUGUUAAAAACGACAAAAAAAAAAAAAGCAAAACAAAAACACUAAAGCAAGAGGGGAACUUUUAUAAAGCAAUGUAAAUAUUUAACCUCAUGGCUGUUGUUACGUAAGACAUGAGAUUUUAAUAAAUAACUACAUUCUCACAACAUCUGUUGAAUUUAUUAGGAACACUUCGGUGACUGUAUAGACAGUUGAAAGCAUUCUUGAAAAUCCUGCUCUCUACUUUUAAAAGAUAAGAGUCUCUUUCAUCAGAUGUCAAGGGCAAGGGUAAUGCAGUUUCUGUAAAUUUAUGAAAUUUCUUUUCUGUGUACAUGAAGACACUUAGUAUGUAAUCCCCCUCCCCCCACACACACACAUACAUGCAUACACAUAACAGGUUAAUAUUAAGUCGUAAAGCUAAAGAGUUGGGGGCUUUCAAAUCAGGAUGUUCCCCAGAAACAAUCAUAAAUUCAUCAAAGAAAAAGUGGUUUACAGAAUCCCCCGAGAGAAGCCGUGUGCGUGUGAGGACAGAGCAGAAUCUCUUUGCCAUGUAUAUUAUAGACUCUUUAUUGGUGUGAAUAGUACAAAUGUUUCGUUCUGGUACAGACUCCGUGUUUGCAAAUUACAAGAAGCAUUGUUUUCAAAAAGCUCCCCUUAAAAGAACGUAACUGGUUUCUAUGAGUAAGCAGUUACUGUAUUGCACUUACAUGUGAUGUUGAAGGAAAUGCAGUUUUGUUUUCUGUAGAUCUGUUGGUUGUAAACCACCUAUAAGACUAAAGCUAAAAUGCUCAUUUUCAGAGCUGGGAUCAAAACUGGUAUUUAACCUUUGCAUCUUCUUAUAAGUAUCCUUCUAGAAACAUAACAGAAUCUGGGAGCAACUGGACUUUGAGUCUUUUCAACUGAGCCCUCUCUCAAAACUGACACCCCCGAAAAUGCACAAACAUGAGCAUGAGCAGAAAAGGCAGACAGAGUGGCCCUUUUUUGUGAAAAUGGAUCCAUUCUUUGUUUUUUAAAAUAUUUGAAUCCUCUCCAUAGGGGGGAAGAGCAUUUUAAAAUUGUAUAUUACCACUUCAAAAUUAAAAUUCGAAAAGCAAAUGUAUUUGGGGUUGGUCUCAGCAAUACCCAGAAGAAUCAAAGGUCCUGGCUUCCCCCAAUAUUGUCCCAGCCAUUUCUCAUAUGUAUAUAGUAUAAACCGUGACAAAACACUGCCUUUAUAUUAUUUAGCAAUAUGUUGUAAAUAGCAUUAUUAAGCUCUUUUUUUUUGUAAUAAAGACCCUUUGAUUUGAAUAUAGUACAAUAACUGAACUGAUAAAGUCAAUUUUUGAUUUUUUUUUUUUUUAGCUAGAGGCAAUUUCAAUUGUGGAUUUUUGUUGUUGUCUAUUGUUCUGAAGACUUUGCAUAAUUUAUUGGUUUAAUUUAUCCUAAUUUAUUUGAUGAAGGUGUACAAUUUUGUAUUACCAAGGAUGUACUGUAAUAUUAAUUGAUAUGAUAAAAAAAAAACAAUGAGACUCCCUGUCCAUAUUAAAAAGUAAAUAAAAAAGGUGCAGUAGACAAUUGAUUUUAAAGUAAAAGUAAAAAAAAAUUAGUUUGGCAGCUACUAAAUUUUAAAACAGGAAAAACAAUUUGUUGGGGGGAGGGUGGGAAGGGGGUUUUACUUUGUGUGUUGAAGCUUUUGUAUACUCUGCAAACUUUUACCUUUUGCUUUGUACCACUUAAAGGCUACAGUAGUCCAAUUGCCUUGUGUGCCUUCCAUCUUCUCUUAAACUGAAUGUAUGUGCAGUAUAUAUGCAAGCUUGUGCAAAAUAAAAUAUACAUUACAA